AUGGUGUCGAUCGUGCCUGAAGGGUCCUUGUUGAGAGACGAGUCUCUCCAUCAAGCCUUUUACGCCUCGCUGCUCAUCCAGCACAGCUUGUUCCACACUUUGAGCGCCACAACGUUCAAAGGAGAAGGCAAAGACAUGCUCAAGAAGCGAGCAUGGAUCCUCACCACUUUCAACGGUUUGGUAAUGACGCUAGCAAGUCUUCCCUUUCUCUUCGAUCUCUUGCUCUCCGGCUUUGAUUUCCACGCGGUCAAGCACAGACGCUGGCUGGAAGAACCAGCUUCUGCUUUCUUCGUCGCAUACCUGCUGUCCGACCUGGGAUUAGGAUCCAUCUUCUAUCGCAAGCUCAUCAACUUUUCGUCUGGCUGGGCACAUCACACUGCAUACACUCUCCUCUUUGCUUACUGGGUUCACCGAGGUUGGGCAUUGUACGCCGUCAUGGCUUGCGUGUUCGAGUUGCCGACUUUCAUCAUGGGCUUGGCUUCGCUCGUGCCUCAGACACGUUCCAACAACGCCUUUACCAUUACCUUUUUCAUCACUCGCGUCUUUUUCCACUUUGGCUUGCUUUGCGCUAGCGUCACGGCCCAUGGAAGAGCCACACCAGGCAUAGAUGGUAGCUGGGGUGUCGCCAACAGCAUCAUCGCGACUUACCCGAUGCAUCUCUGGUGGGGCUACAAAUGCAUCAUGAGCGUCCGGCGACGAAUGAAGAGGCGCGCGGCGGAGAAGAAGGAGAGAGCGCCCAUGCUCAACGAGGCUGGCAGGAGAUUGUCCGCUGCUAGAAAGGAAGAGGGGUACUUUUCUGGAUUUGGACAGCUCAUGAACGGCCUCGCGCCCCCCGAUACCAGCAGUGCGCUCAACACGCCAGCUGCCACGCCUGGCAGCGUCACUCCACCUGCUCGAGCUGAAUCUCCCUUCGGAUACACUGCCCCUGUAGCGCUGCAUGCCGCGUUUGCAAGGGCAGCAGCAGCGGGAAGGGCUCCUAUCGACAUGGUUCGCAGGCGACGCGCAGCCAAAGCCGCAGCCGAGCGUCGCAAAGCUGCUAUAGCCGGAGCAGAGACGGACGGGUGGUCAACGGGAGACGCAGAAGAUUCAGCGGGGGAGAACGCUUCCCUGCUGUCCUCCUCCUUCGGGAGCGGAAUCGGUGUCAGGAGAGCUUCGACUGCUUCUAGCUCCAGCGAAGUUUCUGCUUUGUCGGCGCCCUCGACUCGACGUAGCAUUGAUGGAGAAGCUUCUUCGAGCUCUUUGGACGUUCGGCCAUCCCCACACUCGUUCAGAAGGCACUCGAUGCAAGGUCCACCCUCGGCUCUACACGAGAACAAAUCGAAGCAAAGGCUCUUUACCGCUCCAGUCCCGCCCAUCGAUGCUGGUCCAGGCGCUCGCGAACCCUUUUUGGCCAUCAGAUCGCCUGCAGAGGCGAAAGACCGCGCUAGGAGACUGGUAGCCGAUGCGGUCAGAAAAGUCUGGAUUUCUGCACCCAACACUUGGAGAGCUCAAUUCGAGGCAGAAGCGGAAGCAGGCGCCCGACUGAGGGCCGCCGCUGCCGCCGCGGCUGCUACAGCCAAGUCUAACGACGAGGGUGCUGGGCGCAGGGCUAGUCUGGGUGCUUCGGAGGACUCUACAAGCGCUGAAGAGACGGAUGCAGAUGCCGGAGUCUCCGGCCGAGAAGAUGAGGAUGCGAUGGAGCAAACUCGAGCUCAGCGAGCUAGAGCAGCCGCUAGGCGAGCCAUAAUCCGGGCGGUGAGGCGUGCCAUCAACGGCAAGGAUGCGGACGGACUAGACGAAGCUAGACUGGCCGGCGUUUCGGCCGGUGUGCUGGAAGAUCCGAGCGUAGACUUGGACAGCGUGGAUGGUGCCGCGAGAAGCAGACAACAGAGCUUGAUGGAGGACGCUACGAGCAGGACCAUCAAUGCGCUCGACUUGCAACAGUUGCUCAAAUUCGUUCCGCCUUUGCCCCCCGAUAUGACGGGCAAGUCUUUCGACGUCAGGCCGCUAGAGGUGGAGCAGGUGGAAGGUCAGAGGAGAAAGAGGUGGGUGAACCAGCUGCGAAGGCGCAUGGAAGUUCAAAGGAGGGGCGACGAUUUUGUCCUGUGGUGA